AUGUCCAAGCAAGCUGGUGCUUCAAAAUAUCGACAGUAUUCACCAUCAAAGGUGGCUACUGCGGUCUCCAUGGUUGAGAGUGGAGCUAUGACAAAGCGGAAAGUUGCAAUAACUUAUGGUAUCCCAAGAACAAACUUCCAUGUCACUGGAACAUGGUGGGGAGGAAAAGCACCCCUUGGUGCAAAGCCCGGGAAGCCAUGCGUACUCACGGAGGCUGAGGAAGUUGUUUUGGUAGAUUACGUCAAACUCAUGUCGUCUAUUGGCUAUCCCCUGAAACGUCAAGAACUUUGUUAUGAAGUAAAGAAGGUCCUUGACCAUGAUGGCCGAAAAACGCCGUUUAAGGACAAUCUCCCGGGUAAACGCUGGUAUCAGUUAUUUACCAAAAGACACACAGACUUAAGUGAACGCUCUGCCAUGGCAUUAGGCCACCAGAGGUCGCAUAUAAACUUUGAAAUGAUUGACGGUUGGUUCAACGGAUUAAAGUCGUUCUUGAAACAAGAAGUGCCCGACUGGGAAUCCCUCUUGCAAGACCCCAGAAGAAUCUUUAAUGCCGAUAAAAGUGGGUCCCCUUUGUCUGUGACAAGUGGUAAAGUGUUGACCGAAAAAGGGGUUCGGCAUGUGUAUCAAGUGUGUACAAGUAACAAAACCCAAAUAACCGUACUUGUGUGCUUUAACGCCAUAGGAAAUUAUGUGCCGCCCCUGAUAGUCUACCCCGGUGAGAGUUUCCGUGACUCUGGAAUCCACGAGUUUGAUGAAGCUAUAUACGGUCAUACGAGUAGUGGAUGGAUGGAUUCCGAACUUUUUGUAUCUUUUCUCAAGCACUUUAAUGAUUUUGUUGUCGACAUAAGCAUUCCAAAACCUGUGAUGUUUCUGGUUGACGGCCACUCAACACAUAUGUCGCUUGCUGCUGCACAUUUCUGCUUCACAAACGACAUUAUUCUAUACUGCCUCCUAGAGAAUGCAACUCACGUGCUUCAGCUAUGCGACGUUGGGUUCUUCUCACCCAUGAAGGCCGCGUGGAAAAAGGAAGUAAACAACUGGCAACUUGAGAAUCUUGGUCAAGCCCUUACGAAAAAACAAUUUCCCGGGGUUUUUAAGAAUGCAUGGCUUAAAGUCGCAAAGCUCGAAAAUGCUGUUCAUGGAUUCCAGAAAUGCGGACUGUUUCCACUCAAUCCAAGAAACAUCGAUUUAACCAAAUUAAACCCAUCGAAAGCCAUCACUCGUGUGACGGGAAGUGGUGAUAACCCCAGUGCUCAUCAAGGUGUCACUAGCACUCAACCCACCGAAACUUGUGUUGAAGAUAAAUCAACCGAUGUUGAUCAACUAGACAAAUCAACCGUGGAAGUUAGCACCUGCAACCAAAUCACUACUGCCGUCGAAGACAAGACGCCUAAUGAAUUGAGUACCAGCAGCGUGAUUAACACUGUCUCUGGUGAUCAACUCAUUGCUGAUCAAGGCACAAGCAGACAAACUACCACAGCUUCAGGUGACAGUAGCCGAAGGGAAAUUCAAAGCAUGUCAUGUGUCACACAGACCAGGGAACAAACUAUAUCAAAAUCUUUUUCUCUUUUACAUGUGCCUGAAAUAAAGAAAAAACGGUCAGCAAAUACAGUGCGAAAUAAGCUCCCAAAGGCGUUAUCAGGUAAAGAGGCCCUGAAGAUAUUGCUGGAAAAAGAAGACGCAAAACGGGCCGAGGAAUUUGCCAAACAAAAACGAAAAGAAGAUAGGUUAGCAAAAAAAGCUCAGAAGCUCGAAGAAAAAGAACAAAAAAGAAUCCAACGGGAAGAGACUAAAAGGAAGAAGAAGCAAGCACAGUUAGAGAAACUAGCGGCUGUGCAAUCAAAGAAACGCAAAACUACAGAAUCUUCAUCUUCUGAAUCUGAUGUAAGAGAGGACGCCCCUAAUUUGAUAGAUUCAGACGAUGAAUAUAAUGAAGAACUAACCUGUCCGGGUUGUAUGUCGGAUGAAGGCAGCCAAGAGGAGUGGAUACAAUGCAAGGCCUGUCAACCCCGGUGGCACAUCACGUGCACUGGUGAUGCAGUAUUGUUUGAGAUACCGGCUGAACACAUUCAGAAUUAUCCAUUCCACUGUGAAUUUUGCGUGUAA